UCAGAGACUCGCUAGGUUUGCCGAACCAACGCCCCAAAGGGGACCUUGCAAGAAAAAAAGGGGAAAAAACACCAUCUCUUCUCUCUCUUUCCUUUCUUUUCCUAUAGAUUCCGAUUUCUCUUUCUUCAAUUCAAAGCUCUUUCUCUGUUCUGAACCCAAAAAAAAAAAAAAAAUUUAUGGCUCACACAUCUUCAAGAACCAAAUCGAGUGGACCAGUUCUUCGGUCGCUCUCACCGUCAUCUUCUAGUAGGUUCUGUUCAUACACCACAUCCAAGACCCCGUUCUCCACGCCUUCUUCGGCUUUUGCGUCUUCUACUAGCUCUAGCUUUUCAACGCCUUCGUCCAGUUUCCACCAUCAUAGUCAUCACCGUUCUGCUUCUCCGACACGUGUCAAUUUGUGCGGUCCAGGUCCGUUGUCUUCCGGAGUCCGGUUCUCCAUCGAUGCGCGUUCUAUUUCACCCAACCGGUCGAUAUCGAAUCAAAUCAUAACGAAGAGUAACCGUCCGAUCUCGAUCCAGAAGAAAUCAUGUAUGUGCUCGCCGACGUCACAUCCUGGAUCAUUCCGGUGUAGUUUGCACAAGAACGCCGCCGCGAACGGCGGAGGGAAUCAUCAUCACGGAGGAGGAAAUCAUCACCUUAACAUGCGCAGAUCUGCUAUGAAGAACUCGUUGGUUCGGAUCGGAGGAGUUGAAGGCGAGUGGGUGAAACGUGCUCUCACGGCGCUUAUUCGUCCGUCGUCGCACCAACAGAGGAGGAGAGCGGGAUUUGAACCUAGACCGAGUCGGCUCUCCGUCAUGUCCAAGGCUGAGGAUAUUUGAUUUUCAAGUUUUCUUUUACAGGUUCGUUGCUGUUGCUGUUUAUGAUCCUGCUACGUUUUCUUAGGCCACGAUCUGGCGCCAGAGGUGGUGGCGGCGGAGCGGUUGCGGUGGUGAUGUAGAUCUCUUCCGGCGAGUUUUGAGGUGUCGUUGGAAAGAAGAUUUUCCUGCGUAGAUCUUAUGAGAUACAGGGAAUUGGUUUUUUAUUUUGUACAUAACAUUUGCUAUGGAAGGCAGAGUCUUGGACAUUUUUUUUUCUCUGGACCGAAAAAAAAAAAAGAAAAUUACAUAAAAUUUAAGUUGAAUCCAGUUCUCAGGAUUUAAAUUGGGGCCAAAUUCUGACCUAAUUCGAACUUAAAUUAAAAUCAAAAUUAAAAACCCUAAGAAUCUUGAGUUGGCAUCUGUGCACUCCAUUGACAUGAUUUGCGUGAACCGGGUAUUCGCAGCGUUGUGUUCAUUCGUCCCGUUAUGCUUUCCGUCGUUGGCUUCGUUUACGUGUGGUUUGGUUCUGUCGUUGGGACCGUUCCGUUAUCCGUGCCGCCGUUAUGUUCGUCAAGUUGCUUUGCCUUUGGUGCCAGGUUGGUUUUUGUUUAAUUGCAGGUUGGUUGCAGCUGGUUGUUGUGGGAGACGAAUUUCGGAUGUCGUAUUCUCAACCUUGAAUAUCAUUAUGAAGUCGACAUUUGAACGCACCCCCUCCCCUCUUGGUUGAUGGUUACAAUGGAAGAAAUAAUUGGAACAAAAAAACAUAAUAGAAGAAUUAAUUUCGCGUAGCGAGAAAGAUAAUUAAAUAAUAAAGAGUCUUAAGAUUAAAAAUUUAACUUAAGAAAAACCGAAACCGGUGCUUUGAUAUGAACUGAUAAAUGACAUGGUAGAUUGGAAGUUUGGAGAUUCACCCAAGGACAGAAAUGGAGGAACUGGUGUUAUGAAAAAAAAUGGUGGGAAGGAGUCAAUGGUUGAUGGUUUGAAGAUUUGUAGUGGACAGGAAAAAGAAUAUAAUAUAAUCGGAGAUAUAAUUAAUUAUAGCAAAAAAUCAUUUGACCUUCACAUUAGAAGAAAAAUUAUUAAUAAGUUAAGAACAUCUAAUGGACUCUAUCGUUAGAAAAGGGGAAGCAAAAGAAAUUUCGGAAAGGAAUUGUGGAAGGUAAUUUCGAAUAUUUACAGAGGACAGAAAUGGAGGGAGGAGGCGGUGUUUGAAUUUUUAAGAUUUUCAUGAUGAGGUAAAAGAAAGAGUAGAGGAAUUAUAUUAGAAAAUUGAAAAUCUUGGAUCGCCCAAUCACGGAAGG